AAAGAGGGAGGCGCCUGCCCUGUUCCGAGAGAGAAUGAAUUAAGUAAGCUCGGCUUAGCGCAAGUCUGGAUGUCCAGCUUGGAGCUGGCAUGGGGGCUACUACUAACGCUGCAGAGAUAGGAAGUCUUGAUCGUGGCUGGCUGAGGGGUCUGUCGCUGGCGUGCCCUGAUUCCACUCCCAUACUCCGCUCAGCUCAGGAGGAAGCGCAGUAGCAUGGCUCCGACGCUGCUCCAGAAGCUGUUUAACAAAAGGGGCGGUGGCCGGCUCAGUAGUGGCGACUCGACCUCUUCCCCUUUUAGACUGUCCAAGGAAUGCUCAACCUUCAGCUGGUCCUGUUCUGGGUUUGAUCUAAAUGAAAUCCGCUUGAUAGUGUAUCAAGACUGUGAAAGACGGGGCAGGCAAGUCUUGUUUGAUUCUACAGCUGUCCGAAAGACUGAUGAGAAACAGUUUCAGGAUGCUUCUGGAAAAACAGGUGGUGGGGGCUGCCAAAGAAACAGUGGUAUUAGCACAGCUUACCCUCAUAGUCCUUCUGUGAACAGCAGAGAACCUGGCAAGGAAGAUAUUCCUAAAUAUCAGUAUGCCAGGCCUGCUUCUGAUGUCAACAUGCUGGGUGAGAUGAUGUUUGGUUCAGUAGCAAUGAGUUACAAAGGCUCAACACUGAAAAUUCACUACAUACGUUCUCCUCCACAACUUAUGAUGAGUAAAGUGUUUUCUGCUAGAGUAGGCAGCUUCUUCGGAAGUACAAAUAGCUUGCAAGGUAGUUUUGAAUACAUCAAUCAAGAUCAGUCAAGGCUGAAUUUGCAUCCAAAUGGCUUGGGCCAGUAUCAGAAUGGAAGUAUUUUAGCACACAGCACUCCUGUUGACAUGCCCAGUAGAGGUCAAAAUGAAGACAGAGACAGUGGCAUAGCUCGAUCAGCAUCCCUGAGUAGUCUUUUGAUGACUCCGUUACCAUCUCCCAGCUCCUCUUCUAGUUACCAGCGCCGCUGGCUUCGAAGUCAAACCACAAGCUUGGAAAAUGGCAUCACACCUAGAAAGUCAAUUGAAGAAACAUUCAGCAUGGCAGAUGAAAGUUGUGGUCUCAAUCCUGCACUGAUUCGAAGGAAGAAAAUUGCCAUUAGCAUCAUUUUCACCCUUCCUGAGAAAGAAGAGGCCCAGAGAAAUUUCCAGGAUUUCUUCUUCUCUCAUUUCCCCUUAUUUGAAUCACACAUGGGCAAGCUGAAAAGUGCAAUUGAAAUGGCUAUGAUCACAUGUAGAAAAAUAGCAGAAACAAACCAAAGAGUGCAAGUUUACAUUAGCCGUAUUAUGGAUGCACUGGAUGAAUUUAGAACUACAAUAUGGAAUUUAUACACAGUUCCAAGGAUUGCAGAUCCUGUGUGGCUUACUAUGAUUUCUUGUGCUUCAGAAAAGAAUCUGUUAUGCCAACACUUUCUCAAGGAAUUUGCUGUUUUGAUAGAACAGAGCAGCAAAAACCAGUUUUUUGCUGCUCUAUUAACAGCAGUGUUAACCUAUCACUUGGCCUGGGUCCCUACUGUGAUGCCAGUUGAUCAUCUCUCCAUCAGGGUAUUCUCUGAGAAACAUGCCUCAUCAUCUGUGAACAUGCUGGCAAAAUCACAUCCCUACAAUCCACUUUGGGCACAGCUUGGUGAUUUAUAUGGUGCUGUAGGUUCACCAGUCAGAAUGACAAGGACAGUAAUUGUUGGAAAACGUAAGGAUUUUGUUCAGCGCAUUCUCUAUGUCCUUACAUAUUUCCUACGGUGCUCUGAGUUGCAAGAGAAUCAUCUCAUCUGGAAUGGGCAGCUUAACAAAGGAGAGCAAGCUGUGAAUGGCAGGAAAAUUAUAACGACUCUGGAAAAAGGAGAAGUUGAAGAAUCUGAUUAUGUGGUUGUCACAGUUCAAAACGAACCUGCUCUUGUACCUCCUGUCCUGCCUCAAAAGAAUGGUGGUGAUGCUGUUGCUGAAGAACAUGAAUGCUGCUUUGAAACUGGCUGCUUCAAGGGAAAGCAUGAGAGGCUGAAUGCCGAGGGCAGUUCUGAAGCAUCGCCACGCUUUGCCAGAGUUAGCUCUCCAAAAGGAACUGUAGGAGAAAUUAAGAAAGGGAAAACUUUAGUUAAUUCAGAAACCGCAUGUGGAAGGCAUGGUCUAUUAGAGGAUUUAACUGCAAGAAUGAAUGAGGACAAGCAGCAUAGUAUAACAGGGGAGUUGUUUCAAAACCUGACAGCUGUUCCACAUUCCAAGAAGAUUGCCCAGGUCUAUUCUCAACUGGAAAAAGUUACCUUUCAGAUUGGAAGCUCCACCUCACCAGAAUCUGAUUCCGAAACCCAAAGAAUGGAAGAAAACAAAACUUUAGAGAAACGCAGAAGUAAAACUAAAGCUCUUUCAGGCCCAUUACAUAUAACAUCCAGGGCUCCACAAGAGAAAUGUCUUAAAACCUGCACUAGCCAGAAAGUUAGGGAAACAGAAAUGCCAAGGGCACCUUGGUUGCUAUCAGUUCCACAGUCUGUCAUUCUUGAUGGAGAAGUCAGCAGGGUAAACUUUGGAAAACUUGAUCAAGUUUAUAAUACAAGCUGUGAAAACUUUGCAAGAAAUUCUCUUGACUGCGAUUCAGGAAGUUCUACUGAUGUACAGAGGUCUGGCCAAGCAGUUACUAAGAACAUCCCCUGUGGGGAGGUUGAAAGCAAACUCCGUUGUAGAAUGGAGGAGAAAAUUCCUAGAAACGAAAGUUCUGAUAGCGCUCUUGGGGACAGUGAUGAGGAAGGUUGCACGUACAUUCCAGAUGAACAGUCAGUCACUGUUAACUGUAGACCUGAAGAAUUUUUAGAAGUGGAACUGGCUUUGCCAAGAUUUUGCACAGUUAGCUCUCAAAGCAUGAUACAUUUCGGAAGGUCGCUUCUUGGGGGUUAUUGUACCUCUUAUAUGCCUGAUCUUGUGCUGCAUGGAAUAAGUUCUGAUGAACAACUUAAGCAACAUUUAUCCGCUGAGUUGAGUCAUACCAUAAAUCAUCCUGUACUAGAUGAAUCUAUCGCAGAGGCUGUUUACAUUAUAGCAGAUACUGAUAAAUGGACAGUUCAGGUGGCUACUAGCCAGAAAAAGAUGACUGACAAUAUAAAACUAGGCAAAGAUGUCCUCGUCUCCAGCCUAGUAUCGUCUUUAUUACAGUAUAUUUUACAACUUUACAAGCUCAAUCUUUCUGCUGACUUUUGUAUAAUGCACCUUGAGGAUCGCCUACAGGAAAUGUACCAUAAAAGCACAAUGCUAUCUAAAUAUUUGCGAGGACAAACAAGAGUUCAUGUGAAAGAGCUUGGAGUGGUUUUGGGGAUUGAAUCCAAUGACUUGCCACUGCUAACUGCUAUAGCAAGUACUCAUUCACCAUAUGUAGCUCAAAUACUCCUUUAAGCUACAGAUAAACUCUGUUCUCUCAAAGAUUUGAGAGUGAAUAUUAGACACAAAAGAAGAGAGUUUGUGACAGCAAUUCAUUACGUCUCAUUUGGUUUCCUGCCUUUUAUGUGGAUAUUUAUCAGUGGAUUUUUAGUUUACAUGAUAUAAAAGAUAUUCAGGGUUUUUAUAUUGUUUAUGUAUCCUUGUAUUUUAAUGAAUGAAUGAAAGGAUUAAAAAUUAAUGAUGGAGAUGUUGUUUAUGUGUAGGAGCUAACUAAACAGACUAUCAAAAAUACAGUUUUCUUCUUUUGCAUUUGUCAUAUUUUUCUGAGUUUCUUCAAUCAGGGGUUUUAAGCAAAUAGUUUGAAUGUAUACUUCCCUUUGUCUAUAUAAACAAGAUGAUAAACCAAUAUACCUGCGUGCACAGAACUGCCUCUCUUCAGAAGAAGCAUUCAGAAUUCAGCUACUAGGUAACAUUGAUUAGCUGGCUAGUUCUUCAAAUGGGCAAAGAAAGUCACAAGUUUUAUUCGAAAAAGAAGAAGAGUAGGAGGAGGAAGAAGAAGAAAAAAUAAUUUUGUGUUAUCAGUAGAUAAAAGUGUGUGUGUGGGGGGGGAACUGCCACACAUCUGCUUCAAAUUUGGCUUAUUGCAAAUGCUACCUCUUGAAGGCCUCGUCUUGAAUUCUAAUUUCUGGGUCGUGAAAAAGUAGAUGAAAUGUGGAAAUGUAUCCUGUGCUACUAGCAAAAAUGAAAGUUUAGAAACAAUAUAGUUAUAAACCUGCUUAAACUCUGGAUAGUUUAUUUUGAAUGGUAAUUAUAUAAUUGCCCUGAUAAUUCUAGCUAAACUGUAUAAACAGGAUUCACCUUUAAAGUAAAUGAUUGAAAAGUUCAGAAGAUGUUAGGUGGGAAGAGAGGUAAAUAUAAUAACAAUCACUCGGCAAUUAAUUAAGAUAACUACAGAUAAAUGAGCAAUCCUUUUUAUACGUUUUAUACUAGUUUUUCAGUGCCUUCCACUGUCCUGAAUCUAGAAGAACUUAUGAGACCAGGCAUAUGAUAUCCAUCAUUGUUUUGAAAUAUAGGGUUUUACUUGGCUUGAGGAUAAGAACUCUGUAGCCUUUCCAUUGUUGUAUCCCCCUAGCUACCCUAUCAACAUUGCCCUAGUGAAGGAUGCUGAAAUGUAUAAUUCAGCUAUAUGAGAACCAUUAUGUUCCUAUCCCUGUUUUAAGGCAUAGGGUUCAGUACAGAAGCUGUACAGUUUAUUGAGUACUUUGAAUUAUCAUGGCAAGUUAGCAGGGAAUCUUUUAAUAAGGCUCUCAAAUGGUUCAGGGAUGAUAUUAUUUUAUUCUUCUAAUAACAUUUCUGUAUUGGACUGACCAAUACUACAUGAAGGUAUAAAGACAACAUAAGUAGUGCUGGUAACUUUUGAUGCAUGUAUGUAUCCAUGUAAUGACUUAAUAUUAUGCAAUUUCCUUGUUUUUCCUUUUUAUUUAUUGUUCAGCUCAUCAAAGCUUUCAUUACAACAUUUAAUCCUUUGAUAUUUUGACAUUCCUAAUUUAUAGCAUCUAGGCAUAUAGCAUUAUUCCCUACAUGUUAUUAUACCUGCUGCAAAUCACCCUUUAAAAAUGGGGAAGAAACAUUAUUUCUUUCUAAAUUGAGGCUCCAUUAUGAAAAGUAAAAUACUGGGGCUAGUUUUUAAAUUUCGUUACAUACCUUUUCAGGAUAUACAUUCUAUUUGCAUUAACGGUACGUUAACCCAGAUAUAAGAUAAUAAUUAUCUAAUAAUACAUUAGUAGAUAAACACUUUUAAAAAGUAUUGGUAGUUUCCAUCAUAUUUAAUUGAAAAAUAACCUAGAUUAGAAUUGUGUUUUUAGGGAAAAUAAACUUUCCACCUUAAAUAAUACUACCUCAGUUAAAUUGCUACUAAGGUGACUCUCAAAUUUCUGCUUUUGUUGAAGAAUUGUGCUCAAGCAUUUGCAGGACAGAAGCUACAGUAUGGAUGAUUUUUAUUAUUCAUGGAUGAUUUUUAUUAUUCAUGGAUGAUUUUUAUUGACUUAAGCUUUAGGUUUUUAAAUAGGUUUAAACUGAUAAAUGUGCAGGAGGAAAACUGAAACUGACAUAAUAGAAUUAGUAUCCUCAAUUUGAAAGAUUCUCAAGUUUUUAAAUGGUAUAACAGUAUUUUAUAUGUAAAACAAAAAUAAGCAAACUUGGUAGAGUAAGGGUAGGAUUCUGAAAAUGGGCCAUAUAUUUUCAGAUAUCUGUAGGUUAUAUUUUCCAAUGUAAAGCAUGGGUAGUUUUUUAAAAAUGGAAGCAGAAAAAAAUACUGUUAGCUUAUUUUAA